UUGCUCAAAAAUUUUACUUCAGUCCGAACAGUUCAACAGGUGGAACAAGGUUUCCUAACGAAAACGAAAAACACACACCAUGAUGCUCCAAAAUUUCAUGGCAGCAGUCCUCUGCCUAGGUUUGACCCUCUUAAUGGGAGUUGUUCAGGCACAGGAAAAUGCCAUGUUGCAGAUACCACCGUCUCUCGUGGAGUGCUACAACACAUCGUAUUUUAUGAAUCGAGACAAUCGACUGCCAGCCAAUAUGGAUACGCUCAUUUCGCUGAUCGAAAAGGUAGAAAACAGCUACCCCACGUCAGGCGUACAGGCAGACAUUAGAACAGUGGCGGUGUCCUUGCUCCAUCGAUUUCGUCAAGACGGCAUCAAGAAGGCCCCCGGUGUGACUGCCGUGGAUGGUGUAAUACCAUACAGUCCUACUGGCUUCCAGUUUCCCAAGUUUCGCAUUUUGCUUUCGCGCCUCAUCCCCGGCAAUGCCAACAGUUUCCCCAACAACUCACUAACCAGUGUGGAACGAUGCUCUCUUCACUUUAUGCUCUCCAGCACCUUUGACACGCGGGUUCGCGGCGAUGAGAAUAGCGUAUGUAAUCAACUCUCCCAGUAUCGGGCGCACCGACUGCCGCGGUCAGCGAAGGCCGACGAUGAGAUCAAUUUUAUUGGCGAUGUAGAGUUGUUGAGCGGGGAGCGUCCAAAGCGGGGACGUUCCGCCAUUCCCGAUUCAAAAUAUGUGCAGCUUGGAGAAUUGGACUACGAGUCCGACUGGGCUUAUUCAGGCUCGGAAGGCACCAGCCAGUGUCCCGUUGAAGAUGGUCUUGUUCGUACCCCCUGGGGAACCGUUUCCGCAGGCACUGUAAUAGCUGGAAUAGCGGCGGGCGUUCAACAGCAGACAGUACAGCUAAACACCUUGUUGGCCCUGGCCAGCCAGCGACGUGGGCGAGGAAGAAGUCAGUCCCAAACUAGUAAUAGCAUUGACAAUCGUUGGGCAGCUACUCUGGCCGGAGAUUUGGCCGAAGUGACACUUGUCCAGGUGCCGGUGUCUACCAACAAUGCAGCUUCUGUCGGCGCCACUGGCGGCUGGAACGACACGGUUCUGCCGCAUUGGUAUUUCUUGUCGCAGCGAACCAAUCUCGAAGCUACUGAUGCCGAGAUUCGCGGAGGCCUUGAUGGCUUGAUUCUUGCCAAAAAUGUGGCCAACUGGAGAACUCAAGCGUCUAGUUUAAAGUUGUCCCAGCUACUCCGAAUGUACUACUCCACAAAUGGGGUUUUAAGCUCUGGAGUCAACGCCUGCAGUCGGCAAAGCCAGUUCCCCAAUGUGGCACCAUCUACAGAAAUGACAGAGCAGACAAGUGCCUUCGCACAGGUUCUGGAUCGGGAAAUGCAGUUGCGAGUCACCCUCCAGCCGCUUGCAAUCACUCAAUUUGCUUCAACCGCCGCCCUUUCCCUAGUGACGUAUGUGCCGCAAUCCUUGAAUGAUGUUUCCUGCACGGCAACCAGCAGUCUGGACUUGACGGAUGUCAUUACUCCAAUGACCAAUUUAUACAUUUUUCUGGAUACCUCUUGGCAGUACAGCUCCAUUGUUGACUAUGUGUUCUAUAUUAUGCAACAGCUUAAUAUCCAUCCCUAUGCUAGCACAGUUACUUUACUGUCGGCUCAGGAUGGGUUAGUGAUUGUAAACACCACAAACUACAUCACAGAUGUCUCCCAACAGUGGAAUUUGACAACACAGGCGACAUAUGCCCAGGGUCUAAACUUACCUAAUGUGCUACGUACGAUUCAGAACAUUACCCAGAACCUUAUGAACGCGGAGCAGACAAAUUCAAGUCUGAGCGGUCAUUCUUUGGUGGCUCUCAUCAUACCAAAUCAGCAAACCAUCAACGAUGGUGACUCAUCUUACGCUACCUCGGAAAUUCAGUACAUUCAAGAGCAGAUUCCCGAUCUGCGUUUCAUAUAUUAUGGUGGUGGGAGCAUUCAACGCUUUGCAAGCUUUGUACGCGAUCCCACGCAGGAUUUGUUCUCCCUAACCUUGGGCAGCACAGUGGCCAGUUCAGCAGGACCAGUUGCGAAGCGCAUUGCUAAAAUACCUCGUCGCAUCAUCAAUCCACGCUGCGGAUCAACCUGGAUCACAAGUAGCUGGGGCACUGAUCAAACCGCCCAGUAUGUUGGCCCUGGCAUGGUCAACUUCUAUCGGGUAUCAGCCAACUAUUUCUUCGGCACUGGCUCCAACCGCCUCCUGACUAUUCAGACUCAGAAUGGUGGGAGCUACACUAUCUGUACUUCACGCAGCUAUCAGUGGCCACAGCAGAACUCAACGGCAAGCUCGACCACCCCAAACACCAUAGAUCAGAGCUGCACUCAGAUUUCCGGCAACAGCUUUUCAUAUGACCUUUCCAGCGCUUGUAACGGCUACUACACCAUCACACAGUGUCCUGAUCUGUUUUUGUCAGUCCAGGCCACCACCAACACCACAUCUUGCACACAGGAAGCAUGCCAGACACCUGCUCAAUGGCGUUACAUUGUGGCAAUGACCAAUAUGGGCUGCUACAGCGGAGUCUCGGGACUCGCAGGCAGUCUUUUGACAAUCAUCAUCGCAUUUAUUUUGCAAAAGCUAUUGAAAUAGUUGCCGACGUAGUAGUAUUAGUGGUACAGUGGCAGAGUUCAAAAUAUACAUUCCCGUCCCUAACCGUGGGGUUAAUUAUCGUAUUGUUUUAUACUAAUCCUAUCAUUUUUUAAUUAUUAGUUGUAUGUUCCAGUGAAGUAGAAUAAAUUCCCCAGCUAGAACUA